AUGGGCCUUCUUACGUUGCUCCUCACACUUUUCCGGAGCCGGUGGAUCUUCAUUCAGGAGGCUACAGCGGUGCGACUGGAACACUCAGUGGUAUCUAGUGCACUGCCAACAAUCUGGGACCACAACACAAGCAGUGAAGCGUCCGUCGAAUUGCUGGUUGGCCUGGAGGCCCAGCGCGAGCCGAUCCUGCGCACCUCGCUGGUGCUUGAGCCAUGA